GCUGCACAUUUUUCUGGUCGUUCUCUUAGGAGUUGUAUCCUGCAGUCAUGAUUCAAUGUCUGGAUCAGUGUUGGAGGCGACAGUCAGACCAGGAGACAACAUCACUCUCUACUGUGACUGUAAAUCAUCAACUGGAGUAUACAUAGUGUGGUACAGGGACUGCUCUCAUGAGAACCAGCCUUCUCUUGUCCUUAGAGUAAUACGCCGUUCAUCGACGGACAAUGACGCUAAUUUUAAUCUGAAGAUUUUCCCUCGUUUUGAAUUUGUGAGAAACUCUUCUUCUGUAUCCUUUGACCUGCUGAUCAUGAACAUCACUGAGUCUGAUGAGGGCUUCUACUACUGUGGAACUGUACAGACAAGAGUGGAGAAUAAAGAAUUGAUUACUCCCAGAGAUGUUUACAGAUAUGGCAACGUCACAACAAGGAUCCUAUUCCAUUCAGAAUCCAGUGAGACUCAUCUCAAUGAGACUCAACGGGACUGUGGUGUUUGUUGGAGUCUGCUGUACUCUCUGUGUCCAGCUUCUGCUGUUCUCUCCUCUCUCCUCUCCUCUCUUCUGGUUUAUCACCUCUGUCAGAAAAAAGCUAAAGAACCUCCAGCUGAUCAGCAAAGACCUCACACAAGACUGAAUCAGGAUGAAGAUGUGUGUUAUGCUGCUCUGGAAAUCUGUCCGGCAUCACAGAGACCAAAGAAGAAGAAAACCCAGAGUUCUGACUUCAGCACCUAUUCUGCCAUCAAUACUUCUAGGAUGUAGAGA